AUGCCGCUACAUACCAAAAACUCCUUCUCAAUGCCGCGCACGAAUUUAGCACAGAGCGGAUCAAACGCAAACGGGACAACACAGUCAGCUCCCAUUAGCUGCAACAACAAUAUGAGCUCUACAUUAUCGCCAUGGAGCGCAGAGAGCAUAAGUUCUCAUAUCAACAGUCCCGUAUUCUCUGCAUCAUGCGUGAGCACAACAGGUAUGCCUACAACUACGACUACAAAUACAUCUACAACUUGUUCAAUCGUCUCCUUAAAUUCUACAACAACAACAACUGCAUCAACACAACUACUGCUAGCGACCCAUUUGUCAGCGUCUACACAAUCGGCUGCACUAAAAAAUCAACCUGUGGUUAAAAGAGCACGAAACUCACCCACAAAGGUCUCAACAUUGACUGCUAGUAACAAAAAAAUAAAAGCAACAUCAACCCUCAAUCAAAGUAAACUGCCAAACUACUGGCUGAGUGGAACUUCUUCUGCAAACAAAUUCGCAGCUUUAGAUGUGGAUGAUGGAGAAGAAAUUACUCAAACUGCAAACAGUGGACAAUUUAAAGAUUCACUGUCACAAAAUUUAAACAAAGACGAAAAAGAAAAAAAUAAUAAGCCACCGCCAAUAUAUGUGCAAGGUGUAGAAUACGAUCUGACAGUGGUGGCGGUGGAGGGCUGCAAGGAUGAGACAUUACUCUUUGGGUCUUGUUAUAUGCCACACGAUGAAGAAGCACCACAGACAGAACUUCGGUAG